AUGCCCCGACUGACUCGAGCUCUGGAGAACAAGGCGUGGGCGACACGCACGCAACAAGAACAGCCCGAGUUAUUCACCACCCUAGCGACGGGCCAGCAGCCGGAGAUCCUGUGGAUCGGAUGCUCCGACUCGCGAUGCCCCGAGACCACCCUGUUGGGACUCAAACCGGGGGACGUGUUUGUGCACCGCAACAUCGCCAACGUGCUGCACCCGGGCGACCUCAGCUCGUCGGCGGUGAUCGAGUACGCCGUGCGUCAUCUGCGCGUCAACCACGUCGUCGUCUGCGGGCAUACAUGUUGUGGAGGGAUCGCCGCCGCCUUGGGCAAGAAACAGCUGGGCAUUCUCGACCCCUGGCUGCUCCCUGUGCGGAGGCUGCGCGAACAGAACCUCGCCUCCCUGCAGACAGCUGCCGACCCGGCCUUGACCCUGACCGAACUCAAUGUGCGCGACGGCGUGCGUACCCUCAAGGAGAAGAGCGUCGUGCUGGAAGCCAUGGAGGAGCGGGGGCUGCAGGUUCACGGACUCAUCUUUAAUGUCGCCAGCGGCAUGCUGCACGAACUCGAGACCGGAGAGAGCGGCGACGCCAUCAGGGCCCGGCUUACCAGUUUCAAGCUGGAACCGUAG